AUGAUUGUCGCCCGACUGGAAUUUGCGCCUCUUCCACAUCCCGAAAUCCUGCUCUUGAGUCGCAGGAUCAAUGCCGCACUGAUCGAAUUCCCCUCCGUCCUUCUCCCGAACAACAUCACAUCUGGCAGCAUUGUCGAUAUUACAGUAUCGCGCAACCACGCCGCCGAAGCUGCGAGCACUUCUGCCUUCCAGGCGCUACAGAAGCGGAUUCUCAACACCUACGGCGUGAAGACCCCCCCCCCCCCCGCCCUCCUAGAGUGGGAUCCAAUCGACUUAGCCACCGCAUCCCUCAAGUCGCUUUCUCUCUACCGUAAUGGCUCGAAAGCUGGCUCGAUACCCAGGCCACUCGAGACGCGGAGCACCAAGAUUAGCGGCCUCGCGAUCGACACGGAAUAUUCCUUCCACCUCGUCCUGCGCACAACAGCCGGCACAUACCAAUCGGAGAAACUGACAUGUCGGACACACAAAAUGACCGACCUGUCCGGUAUCACGGUUACCCCUGGGGUCCUCCCCGACCAGCAGAAGGAGGCGCUCGCCGUGGCAUUGGAACGUAUCGGCGGCAAGAUGAUCGACACAGUGCGCAUUGAUACCACUCACUUUGUAUGUACAGAAGGCAGGGGCCCGCUGUGGGAGAAAGCGGUGGAGAUGAACAUUCCCGUUGUGGUUCCGGAGUGGGUGGAUGCCUGUGAAGCGGAGGGCACCAUCGUUGGAGUCCGGGGCUACUACCUGAACGCAGACCCCAAGGCCAGACAGCUCGGCCCCAUUCACGCCUCAACACAUCAACAUACCAGAUCCUCCGUGUCAAUGGCAACCAAUGCGCCAUCUCAGUCUCAGUCUCAAUCUCAGCCCCAGUCCCAGUCUCAGAGUAGACUGAGCCUCCAGCCUCAACCUGCGCACCAGAGGGAAUUGAGCGUCGGGGAGCCCCCCGUGACUCCCUUCCCCGGCGCGCACAUGAGUGGCCAGCCUCGAGCGGAUGAGAGAGAGGUCUCGUCGGAUGAAGAGGACAUGCCGCCGCCCCCUCCUCCGAAGGAUGAUGCUGCAGGGACUGAACCCACAGUGAACGGCCAACCUGAGUCGACAAGCCCGGAGGAAGUGGCUUCGCCUGGAGACAAGGAGGAACAGAGUGAGAGCGACGAGAAACACGAUGAAAAGGAUGAAGAUGAAACCCCACACGAUCAGGCUGAAGAAGAGCUGGAAGAGGAAGAACCAACGACAAACGACAGUGACGCAAAGGGUAAGGGGAAGGAAGGCGAGGGGGACUUUAGCGAGAUUUCUCUGUGA